AUGAUGCUUCUGAACUUUUAUCUUAGAAAAGCCUUCAAAGGUGAAGAACAAAGUAGCAAUUGUGUUGAGUUGAUUCCAGAGAUUCUAGAAUAUGCUCGAAAUCUUCCAUUAGCAAUUAAAGUAGUGGGCUCUUUCUUGUGUACUCGAGAUGCUACUCAGUGGAGAGAUGCUUUGGAUAGAUUGAAGAACAAUCCAGACAGUAAAAUUAUGGAUUUGCUCCAGAUGAGUGUUGAAGGACUACAACAUGAGGAGAAGGAAAUAUUUCUGCGCAUUGCUUGUUUUUUUAAAGGGGAGAGGGAAGAUUAUGUAAAGAGAAUUCUAGAUGCAUGUGGAUUAUACCCUCAAAUAGGAACUCAAAGAGUCAUUGAGAAGUCACUCAUUACCAUUAAAAACCAAGAGAUUCAUAUGCAUGAUAUGUUACAAGAACUGAGGAAGAAAAUUGUUCGGCACAACUUUCUCGAAGACCCAGUAUCGUGGAGUAGAUUAUGGCGAUACAAGGAUUUUUAUCGUGUUUUGAAGACAAAAAAAGGGAAUAUGCCUGAUUAG